UUCCAGCCGGGUCACAAUGGAGCUGCCGAUGAGCCACAACGUUGUCCUCUGCGUCCCGUUCAUCGUUAUGCCGAUAGUCGCACUUGCAGCUUAUUUAUACAGUGAGCACGCAAUGCCAUUGGUUAGUUUUCCCUCCGUUCGUCCACGUAAACAUUGUUUGGUUUAAUGCGCCCAAUUUCAAAUUACAUUCAUUCCGCCAAUAGCUGAUCGAUUGAUAGGUGAGUGAGGCACGAUUGGUCAAUUUAAAAAAUAUUGACCCGCCCAACUUUCACAUUACAUUCAAUCAGACGAUCGCUGAUAGGUUGUUUGUUUGGUGACUUAUGAUUGGUCAUUUAUCCAAAGGCGGAGCCUGACAGGUUGGUUUUGUGAGCUACGAUUGGUCAGUUCUUCCACGGUGUGGUGCAUGGUGCUAUAAAUGCUGCUUCGCGUGCCCGCUCCCCCCCCUUUCUGCUCGACCGAACAGAAAACUUUUCGAGAGAACGCUUUUUGCAUUGCCUCAGACAAAGACAAAGACAAAGGACCUAAAUUCGACGGAAACUGCAGUUUGCCAUUGUGUUGGAUUUCAUCUGCUGACAUAGAGAUGCCACGAAAGAAGGGUUUCCGUAUGCGACGCACACCCAAGGCUACCCAAGCUGUUGAUUGUGCAGUUGCAACAAAAGGUAGGGAAGAAGUAUCUUCACUGUCACCAGUGGAGGUACCAACAGGUGGGUUACAAAAGGUGGUCAAAGGGUCAUUUCAUCAAGGCAAUACAAGGUUUAAGUAUGCAGGAACACAGUGUAUGGCGAUUGCCUUUUGUGCCACUGCUUUACACAGUAUUAAAAAUGUCUUGUUGUGGGAUACUGCUGAUCUUGACAUGGCUGUUGUUGAAGGCGAUCAGUUGUAUACCACUCUAAGGGAACGUCACGUAAUUCGUGACACAUCCCACUUUUUUCAGUCCAUGGUUCCACUUGUAAGCCCGUUCAAAUAUCUAAAAAGGAAAAGGGCCCUGGACAAAAAAUGUAAAUAUGUCGCUGACAUGUGCAUAAGGGAGACAAAGAAACUAAUGACUAUGAAGAAUUACAGAGAACAAGCAGUCUUUAGGCAGAGAAAGAAGAUGAGUGUUGAAAAAUAUAGAAAUGAUGUCAUUCAUAAAAAUAGAGUUAAAACAUCUAGCAUCUAUAAGUAUAGAAAUGACAGCUUGCAUCGGGACAGGGUCAAGAUGUGUAGUGUGAGUAAGUAUAGAAGUGACAGCUUGCAUCGGGACAAGGUCAAGAUGCAGAGCAUAAAAAAAUAUAAAAUGGAUACAAGGCACCGGGCCAGUGUCAAACUAGCCAGUAUGAAGAAAUAUCUCAGUAAUGUAGAACACAAAAUGCGUGUCAUUGCAGAUGUCAAGGCACGAAGGCAUGCUGCAAAGUUGCCAGAGGAAGAAUUUGAUGUUGUUGUUGAGCAGAUUUUAUAGAACGUGAAGAAUGGGCCCCAAUUUGUCUGCUGUGUGUGCCAUAGGUUGAUGUUUAAACAUCAGGUCCUGCAGUGUCACAGAGAGCAUUACAGCAGAAGUAGUGCAAGUGCUUCUCUUGUGAACACGUGCAUUAAUGAGGAGUAUUUGCACCAAUGUAAUGCAGAGUGCACGGUACCAUGUGUCUUGGUGGAGUCUGGUAGAGGGCAGCUGUGGAUUUGCUACACUUGCCAUUACAAGAUUAGCAAAGGGGAAU